AAAGCUCGAGCUUUAAACCCGACCUUGAUCGACAGAGACGACCUCGCAUCACCACCUUUCCAGCUCUGCCAAUUCGAUAUUGCGACAUCAUACCGGUGUUCUCUGCUCAAUUUGUUCAUUUCUAGCACUUGCGACCGGCCUUUAGACACCACUGUUAACCAGCAGCGAAGAUGGCGGACCUCGACCUCCAAGAGAUUCACGACACCCUCCUUGACAUCGCGAGCGAGGCGGGCAAGAUGAUCCUGGCCGCUAAUCCGUCGUCUAUCGACCAGGGCACCAAGCUCAACUCCGUCGACAUCGUAACUGAAACGGACCAGGCCGUCGAGAAGAUGGUUUCGACCCGCCUGCAGUCCGCCUAUCCCAACAUCUCCUUCAUGGGCGAGGAAACGUACACUAAGGGCACGCGUCUCGGCCCGGAACCGACCUUUGUCGUGGACCCCAUCGACGGCACCACCAACUUCGUCCACUCCUUUCCUGACGCCUGCAUCUCCCUCGGCCUGGCCGUUGACUGCGUCCCCGUCGUCGGCGUGAUCUACAACCCCUUCCAGGACCUGUUGUUCACGGGCAUCAAGGGCAAGGGGAGCUACAUGCGCCGCGCGGGCGGCGCGCCGCAGCGGCUGCCCCUGGCCAAGAGCCCGAUCCCGCUGCGGGGGCUGGACGGUGCGCUGCUGGCGUGCGAGUGGGGCUCGACGCGCGACGGGCCCAACUUCGAGCUCAAGGCCGAGACGUUCAAGAAGCUGGCGGCGACCAAGGAGACGGGCGGCGCCAUGGUGCACUCAAUGCGCGCGCUGGGGUCCGCGGCGCUGAACCUCGCCGCCGUCGCCGCAGGCCAGCUGGACGCGUACUGGGAGGGCGGCUGCUGGGCCUGGGACGUGUGCGCCGGCUGGUGUAUCCUCACCGAGGCGGGCGGUAUCAUGGUCGGCGGCAACCCGGGCGUCUGGGAGCCUGCCGUGGACGAGAGGGUGUACCUCGCCGUGAGGGGCGCGCCGGCCGGACAGAGGGAGAUCGUGGAGGAGUUCUGGAAGGUACUAGACGGGAAGAGUCUGGACUACUCGGUCUAGGCAUGUGGUGCCUCUCCUAGCCGGCAACGGCGCAAGGCGGGGGAGGGCUGGGAUACGAUUAGAUGAUGCAAUGAAAAUAGCGGUUGGAUAGACAAACGCGAGUCGGGGAGCCGAGUUGGUCGACUAUGUAAAGGCGGCGUGAAGUUCUAUUAGACAUGUCUUGUCUGUAGAUAGUUUGCUUGCAGUUGCCAAGCCCCCUGUGUGGUGUCCCUAACUAGGAAAAGCAUUGAAGGCGGCUUAUUGGAUGCUCUCAGAACCAUGGCUGGCUUCCGGGCGGUUGUCACCUUCACGUUAUGGGACUUGGCGCCGUUCGAGCUUUCGCGCUCUCUCCGGAUGAUCCCGAUGCUUUUCAGCCUAUGGAGUCGGCGGCCACUCUGGGCAAUGUAUAUAUUACCGAGCUCGAGAGUGGCCAGAUGAGUUCGUCCUCUCGGGAUAUCCCAAAGCCGAGUCCGUGACUAGGAGAGAGGGGCACUGACUGACCACCUUGAUUGC